AUGUCUAUAGAAGUGGUGAAGGAUUUUGUGGUUGUUGGAAGUACUAGAGCAUGUGCUAAGGUGCCUCAUUGCAUCUGGUCGCCGAUACCACCUCCAGAGUUAAGAGGAGAACCCAUUGAAGAUCUGAGCACCAAUGGAGGAUUCGUUUCUUUAGAUAUUACGUUCCAUCACGUGGAAGGAAAGAAACUAGACAAGACUGUGUGGAACCUACUGAACUUCUAUACAUUCGUGAAAUAUCAUGUGAAGAGCACUAGAGGUUUUAUACACCGGAGGCUGAGAAUGCGUCUUGGAAACUUGGUUGAGAUCUUGCAGAAUGCAGGAAUUGAAGAAGAAGAACAAAAUAAGAAUAAAGUCCAAGGAUUUAAAUACUCAAGGAAGUUUGCAAGAUUCUCAAAACCCAAAAUCCUCAGGAGAAGAUGUAAUUUCAGCAAAAAGCUCCUUUUGUAUUACCAUUUUAUUUCAUUUUGA